AUGGGUGAAAUWGCUAAAAGAUCUGAAAGCGUGGUGACAGUACCAUCAGCGCUGAUGCCUCUUGCUGUGUACCCGCUGACCAAAAGUGAACUAGCGAGAGAUCUCUUGGGAUUAAAAUUGAACCCGGAUGGUAUCAUGAGCAACGUGAAGUUUUCUACUGGUCCUUUUGGAACACUUGAUGGGUCUUUCCUUUUCAAGGGAGCAGCGAAUAGCUAUGUGAAAUUCCCAAAUGGACAACUCAAAAAGGCCGAGCAUUCAAUAACGCUAUGCGCUUGGUUUAAAAACGAGGGUGGCGCAGGCCCCAUAUUUAACUUCGAUGAGUACGGCUGGGGGGUGCAUUUUUGGACGGAUGGCCCCGACUCAAUCUUUGUUCGCAUAACCAAAAAACCGGGAAAUCAAUUUACAGAAGGAAUAAUCGUAAGAAACGUGAAACCUAAAGUUUGGCAGUUUGCAUGUACAACUUACGAUAGCAGCAGCGGAAAGGUAAAGAUUUUUGUCAACGAGACAUUUCAGGCUGAGAGAUCCAUUGGGCAAAACCUGUUGCUCGCGACGGAGAAAGACGUGAGAAUGGGUGCGAGGAUAAACGACGGCCGUUACUUCAAGGGUAGCAUCUCUUGCAUGCAAGUGUACGGAACCGCUCUGACUGCCGAGCAAAUCAAAACUUAUGCCAAGAAACSMUGUUACCAUGAACCAUUGUUUGGGCCUGAACAUAAGCCAUACUGGUGUGGAUCAAACCGUGAAAUAAUAAAGUAUCACGUGACAAAAGAACAGUGUAAAUUUUUGUGCYUGCAAAAGUGUGGAUGCAAAGCUAUUGAAUGGUGGGAAAAGUACAACUUUGCCUGCUUUUGGUGUAAAGCGCCUGACCAGAAACAACAUUACCCYUGGUYGAGAGAUCUGUCAUAUGCGCCCCACGUGAUAGAGCGAACUGCGAGCAGCUGUGGUACCAAGUGAUCUCGCGUCCAGUCUCCUCACUGUCAAGUAUAUAUUUGGCUGUUAUGUAAUUCAWACCGUAUCUAUAAAUGUGAUAAAAUAACUUACAACAAUAACAACUGUAACAUUCUAACAAUAAACAAA